CAUUGAUCAGAUCAAACUAAGAAAGCUCACAUUCUAAGGAAAGAGGCCCUACUUUACUAUAUAUAUUACAACAUAUAGCCCCACUACUGUCUGCAGCCCUGAGAAUCCUUCUCAGUCAAAUCUCAUUCUAAACUUCUCUUUUUCUUUCUUCAUCUCUCCCCACGCGCAGACAAAGAGGUUAUCAAGUUUAAGUUAAAGAGAUCACACUCUGAGGUGAGGUGAGAGCUCCAUUAUCUCUAGUGUUGAAGCUUCCAAGCUUAUUACAUGGAUGAGAAGUGGAAGCUAUCUAAGAAGGAAGCUUCGGGUACCCAUUGUUCAAGUUCUUCAAAGUUCUCACUUCCAAGGAGUUUUUCAACAAAGAGUAUUUCUUCCAAGUCUCCUCUUCUUAGGAGUUCUUCACAGAAGAACUCAUGUUCCUCUUCUUCAUCUUCAUCAUCAUCUAAAUGUGCACUACCAAGAAGUUAUUCACAAAAGACUUCCAUUUCCCGUAAAUGCAGUAGCUUAGCCAAGGAGCAGAAGGCAAGGUUCUACAUUAUGAGGCGGUGUGUUGCCAUGCUUGUUUGCUGGCAUAAACAUGGAGAUUCUUGAAGGAAAACAAAAGAGAUCAAUGGAGAUACGAUCAUAUAUAGAUCAGUAGGGAAUUAAGGUUCCUUCCCCUUUUCUCCACUCGUUUAUGCAGGAUGGGUUCUUUGGAUUUGUUUGUCUUGAACUCAUGGAUUUUUACAUCCAUUGCAUCAAGAACAAAUAAAUGUCACCCGAGUUUUUCUUGCUUACCUUCAUUUUCUAAUUAGUUCAGUUCAGUUUGUAAUUAUAAAAUGAGAAGAGCUACUACGAAGUUUUAUAGUUGUAAGAAAAGACUAUAUCAACAAAUAGAUUUCUGUCAAAUCUUAAACUAGCAAAGUCUUUCUUGUAUUUUCAUAAUAAUUUCCUCCUCCAUUUCCAACUCUGUGAUUCUUUUUGUUUUCCCCUUUAGAUCUUAAUCAAAGCAGAUCUCAAAAACCAGGAGGCCUACUUAAAA